AUGAUCGACAAUGUAUAUGGUGCCAAUUUAUUUAAAGGGAAGAAGACAACACUCGUAUUCAGGAACGGCCUUAGUUACAAGAAUUGGCUCAAGGUACACUGUAAAUCAGGGAACGACGACAUGGGUGUCCACUAUCUGAAACCGGGUGGAAUCGAUUACCAAUUCAGUUUCUACGACAACGUUUUCGGGGGCACGCUUAUCUGGUGCACCAUGAGCAAAGGACCUGAUUAUAAGAUCUCUUCUAGGUUUGACGCCUAUAAACAGAACAAAGACAAGUCUCAUGGAACCUCGUAUAACUAUGUUGCUAAAGAUGAUGGCAUCUAUCACAGUAAUCUUGUGGAAUUUAGACUUCACAAGAAGUUUAACUGGAAAUAA